AUGUACAUCCCCAUCCUUUCCACCCUAACCACCCUCUCCCUCCUCUCCCUCACCACCGCCCGCAUGCUCUCCCGCGCCCCAAACUCCAAAAUCUCAGUCCGCAGCGCCGUUCCCGUUAGACCGAGAAGUAUCCCCGUCGUUACCGACAAUGUUUUGCCCCUGACCAAGAAAUCUUCUGGAGGGUCGAAAGUCAGAAGUGCAGUCAAGUUCUUGAAGAAUGCAAAUAUUGUCAAUGGGAGUAGUACUGCUUUGGUCAGUUUAUUCGAGGGAGAGGAAUUCGCUACGGAUAUCACGUUUGGAACGCAGACUUUUGAGGUCAUUGUCGAUACCGGAUCUAGUGAUACCUGGUUAGCCGAAACCGGGUUUGCUUGUGUCGAUCUCGAUACUGGGAAAAGUACCACGGAAGCUACUUGUGCAUUUGGCCCAACAUAUACGAAAGAUACCACAUUCAAAGCCGUUUCGGGUGAAGAGUUUAAUAUUACAUAUGGUGAUGGAGAGUACCUUACUGGUGUUGUGGGAUCCCAAGCUGUGACCUUUGCUGGCAUUGAAGUGACCACGACCGUCGCUCUGGUAACUUCUGCUGCGUGGAAGGGUGAUGGAACAACUAGUGGGUUGGUCGGUCUGGCAUAUCCUGGAAUUACAUCCGCCUACAAAGGUUCCACCCAAGAAGUCUACAACCCCAUCUUCACCACCAUGUACGAAGAAGGUCUCGUAGACUCUCUAUUCAGUCUCGCCAUCGAGCGCGACGUCUCCGGUCCAGCCGGUUACCUUGCUCUCGGCGGUGUCCCACCCGUCGACUUCGUGCAAACUUUCGCCAGCACCCCCAUCCUCAUCACAUCCAUCUCCGGAUACCCUAAGACAUAUGAUUUCUACACCAUCAAUAUUCAAGCUGUGUAUUUGAACGGGAAAGCCAUUUCCGGCGCCGCUACCCCUUCUUACAUUAUCGAUUCGGGAACUACACUUAAUUACCUCCCUACCACUGUAGUUAAUGCUAUCAACAAGGCUUUCGUGCCCGCUGCAGUAUACAGCAAUGACGAAGGUGCUUAUGUCGUCUCUUGCACUGCUGUGCCACCUGUUUUUGGUAUCGAGAUUGGUGGUACAGUUUUCUAUACUAAUCCUCUCGAUAUGAUUCUCUAUGCUGGUACUGAUAGUAAUGGAAAGGAUGUUUGCAUUAGCGGUAUUGUUGAUGGUGGAAGUGAUACUGCAGAAGAUCUUUAUAUUUUGGGUGAUACUUUCCAAAAGAACGUCAUCACCGUGUUUGAUGUCGGGGCUGGUGUGUUACAAUUCGCUGCGAGGGAAAAUUAUACUAGUAAUGAUACUUAUUAG